AUGGCCUCGAGGUACAUUCGCCUUUCGUGUUAUGGAAGUAAUGCUGAUCCAAGGAAUGAUGACGAUGAGAUCUCCGCCUCCGUUGCUCUGUCGCUGGUUCCACGAAAGCACAAGUGGGGAGGCUCUGUUCGGGGACACAGAGUAUAUAAACGUGACAGAGUUGGGGCAGACAAAAGAUUAAUGGCUGAUUACUUCGUUCCACGCCCUCUGUUCAACGAGGAUCACUUUAGGAGAAGGUUUCGAAUGAAGCAAGAUUUGUUUCUUGAAAUUGUUGAUCGUGUUGCUGCUGCCAAUCCAUACUUUCGAAAGAAACAUGAUUGUGUUGGUGUGGAAGGGUUCACUCCUGUCCACAAGUGCACGGUGUCCAUAAAGAUGCUAGCAAAUGGAGUUCCAGCUGAUUGUUUAGACGAUCAUUUGAAAAUGGGUGAAAGCACUGUCCUGGAAACCUUGAAGAAGUUUGUUGAAACUAUCAUUGAAGUGUUUGGAGAUGAGUGGCUCCGACCUCCAACACAUGAGGAAGUGCAGCACAUUCUGCAGGUGAAUGUAGCUCGAAUGGCACCGGCAAUAUAUUUUAUGAUUAUUAGCUUGAAUGAUAUUAGCAAUGUAUUUCAAGACUAG